AUGUUUACUAAAAAAUCUCACCAAGAUGUCAAAAAAUCCACCGUUAAAAUACAAGAUUCUAAGAAAGAUUCGACAACCCGAUUAAAACACCUCAAAAUCGUCUUGGAACAUUUUGAUGCUGAUGAAUCCAAGACAUACUUUGAGGCCAACUUUAGUCAUGUAUAUUUUAUCUUGUAUGAUAACUUUAUUUUAGCAGAAAAUAAUCUUCGACAAAGAGAACUUCCGUUCCAUCUUGUACACAAAGCUGGCAGGGAAGAAUUAGAAGGAGCAUUAUCUCUGUUAGAAAAAGUAUUAUGCCUUGUACCUGAGUUACUUGGAAAAAGAUGGCAGUUACAUUCUCUUACAAGAAUAUUUUCAAAACUCCUCCAUAAUGGCAAUUCUCAAAAACUUAGGGCAGAAGCUAUAAGAUAUUUCCUUCUAUGGUAUCAAGCUCUUGGAGAUAAUGCCCCACAUGAAGUACACAGGAUGUUUGCUGGGUUGGUGCCAGGUAUGCCUGAAUCGCCGGCCCAGUCAAUUGGAUCCCCUUUUAAGCAAAAAUCUUUUGAUGUAAUAACUAAUAUAUCAAAUGAGUCAGGUGAUUUCAAAAUGGAGGACAUAAUGCAGCACCCAAACUUCAAUUCCGCUUCUGAUAAUGUGAAGAAAGUUGUUGUGGAGCAAACAUCAACUGGUAUUAUGGGAAAGUUAGCGCAUGUUUCAGCCUCAAUAUUUCAUGAUACAAAUGCUCUUAACCCAGUUCAAAGUGUAGAGAUACAACCUUUACUACCAGCAAGUGCCAAUGAGAAGCCAGUAGAUAAUGAAACUAGAUUUUUUUUUGAAAUACUUCUUGAUGGUAUGGCCACUUCAGUUACAAAAAUACACUGGCGAGAUAGAUCACAUGCCAAAGCAAUGAGAUGUUUUGCAUUUUUAUUGGAGAAGUUUAAAAUAUACUAUCUACCUAUCAUUUGCCCGCAGUUCAAUCAUAGAAACUCAUUAUACAAGCCUAAUCUUGAAUUGCCCGUCCAGCAUAACAUUUUAGAAGACGAUUACGUGAUAUGUCGUGUGACGCUCAUUAAAUGGGUUGCGAGUUAUGCAAAUUUUGUAAAGCGACAAGGCAGCGAUGUUGGGCAACCAUCUUCAAUGACAAGCACAGGAUCUCACCUGCCUCAUUCUGGUACACCCACACCCGCCACUUCUUUACAUCAUGAGGAGGAGACUUCUUUCACUGUGGGACAUCCAUCAGAUUCAAGUAGAGCGUCCUCACAUGACUCGUCCUCUAAUACACCUCAUCCUAGUUUGGAAUCAGGUUCAGGUGUCUUAGAGGAGUUAAGCUCUGAACAAGUGGUCCGCGACGUACUUUGCUGUUCAUCGCGGGAACACGUGGAUUUUACAAUUGAGGUGCUGCGCCAGGCUUUCCUGCUACCUUUCUCUCACGCGGCUGCCGUCAGGCGCGUCAUCGGACUGUACAAAGACUGGAUACAGAUGAAUGUGUCGGAAAUCCCACCGUUUCUAAUAGAAAACACGUACGAGCAGCAACUAGCGGCCGGGGAGCCGGCAGCGCCGCCGCGUCGUCUCCGCAACGACUCCUACCUCGGCGCGGUCAACCGAGAUAUAAUGGUUCGGGCUGGCAUGCAGAACGUGUUACAAGUAUUCAUGACACAGGCUGCAAAUGUGUUCUUGGCGUGCCCCUCUCCAGUAGCGCCACCUGGUGCCAUCAACCAACAACAGCACCUAUUGCAAGAACAGACUGAUACUUGCAAACGCGUACUGAACAUCUAUCGUUACAUGGUUAUGCAUGUUGCAAUGGAUGCAAGUACAUGGGAGCAACUUCUGUUAGUGCUUCUCCAGAUAACAUCUUUAGUAUUAACAAAAGUAAUACCUAAAAGAAAACAGGAAACACUUGGCGGUUUUCUAGCGCCAGCGCUCUUUCAGACCUUAAUAGUGACCUGGAUCAAAGCCAAUUUGAAUGUUGCGGUAAAACCGGAGCUGUGGCAAAGUUUUAUGGAGUUGUUGACACGGCUGACACACUGGGAAGAUCUCAUUAAGGAAUGGGCGAAAACUAUGGAGACCUUGACGCGGGUACUUGCGCGGCACGUGUAUUCGCUGGAGCUGUCAGAGAGCGGGGGUGCGGCGGGCGGGGCGGGGGACGCGCGGGGCCGCGGCGGGCGGCGCCCCACGCCCGCGCCCGCGCCCCUGCCUCGCCCCCUGCCCCGCGUCCGCCCCGCGCUCAUGGCAGCAGACGCUCGCACACCAGGAAAAUCACCGCGCACUGGUAGUGAUACUCAUGGACGCAAGGAAACUGUCCGAGGUCGGCAGUUGCAUCGCUGCCGAAGCGAUCCGCACAUUGCAAGGCACACGCAACUUCAUCUGCACGUUGUUACAGUGGAAGAAACCAAAGAACAAACCAACACAAAACCAAGAAGAUGGUACUCAUUGGAUUCCUUAAGGCAGUCAUCACAUCACGAUGAAAGGGAUUCCGCUAGUGGUUCUCGCUCCCCUUCCCCGGCGCCAUCUAGCGGAGUUGAGAGUAGCUCUAUUAAAGACUCCCCAUUACAAAUAGAUUUAGCUUCAGAUGGCGGUAAUGUUGAAUGGGCGGAGAGCGAGAACGGUUCGGUGGAGGGCGGGGCGGCGGGGGCGGCGGGGUCGGGCGUGGGCGUGGUGCUGGGCGGCGCGGCGCGCGGCUGGCUGCCCGCCGUGGCGGCCGUGCUGUGGCGCCGCAUGCUGGCCGCGCUCGGCGACCCCAACCACCUGCGCGACCCGCACACGCAUGCGCAUUUCUACAACUACCUCAUACACCUCAACUCCACGCUCCUCAAGAUAAGCGCAAACCAAACUCUGAAUGGAAAUACGGAAAUUCACGUACCAUUCAACUUGGUGGCAGGAUGGUGCCUCGAGGCCGAAGCCUUGCCGCCUUCCCACAGAGCGGGCAAGCUGCUGGCGUUGCGGCUGCUUUGCGAGUCGACGCAGGCGCAAGGCCCGGGUGCGCCGUCCUCCUGCAACAACCGCCUGCAUCUCGCGCACCUGCAUCUCUACCAACGCGCUUUGCACCACGGUUUGACAGGCGAAGACCGUUCGGUAGUGGACGUACUGGUGGAGUACGCAGCGCCACGCUAUCUGUCCCUGGCUCUCGAUGGUUACUCUCUACUUUUGUUGGACUUCGUCCACGCCUCAACCGUCGUACUCAACUCUUCUGACAUGGGAACAUCAUGUCCACGUACGGCGGCUGUGACUUUCCUCGGUUCCCUUCUAGCAUUGCCUGACGAGUUGAUGAACGCGCCGAUGCUACAGCCCUACCCUCACCAAUACAACACUGUAUCGUGUCCCGAUCUCAAGGAGCACGUGCUGAAUAUCGUGGUGCGCGUGUGCCGGCGGGAAGGCGCCGCGGCAGCACGGUGUGCCGGCGCCUGCGCGCUGGCCGCGCACGUGGCGCACCUGCUCGACUCGCGACAACCCUGCGCACGCCUGCCCGCCUACGUCACCUGCCUGCUGCAGAUGCUCAUGGUCAGUAGCACGGCGACCGCGAUCUGUGAGUGUAGGCUGCACGUGCUGCGGGCCGCGCACGUGGCGCACCUGCUCGACUCGCGCCAGCCCUGCGCACGCCUGCCCGCCUACGUCACCUGCCUGCUGCAGAUGCUCAUGGUCAGUAGCACGGCGACCGCGAUCUGUGAGUGUAGGCUGCACGUGCUGCGGGCCGCGCACGUGGCGCACCUGCUCGACUCGCGCCAGCCCUGCGCACGCCUGCCCGCCUACGUCACCUGCCUGCUGCAGAUGCUCAUGGUCAGUAGCACGGCGACCGCGAUCUGUGAGUGUAGGCUGCACGUGCUGCGGGCCGCGCACGUGGCGCACCUGCUCGACUCGCGCCAGCCCUGCGCACGCCUGCCCGCCUACGUCACCUGCCUGCUGCAGAUGCUCAUGGUCAGUAGCACGGCGACCGCGAUCUGUGAGUGUAGGCUGCACGUGCUGCGGGCCGCGCACGUGGCGCACCUGCUCGACUCGCGCCAGCCCUGCGCACGCCUGCCCGCCUACGUCACCUGCCUGCUGCAGAUGCUCAUGGUCAGUAGCACGGCGACCGCGAUCUGUGAGUGUAGGCUGCACGUGCUGCGGGCCGCGCACGUGGCGCACCUGCUCGACUCGCGCCAGCCCUGCGCACGCCUGCCCGCCUACGUCACCUGCCUGCUGCAGAUGCUCAUGGUCAGUAGCACGGCGACCGCGAUCUGUGAGUGUAGGCUGCACGUGCUGCGGGCCGCGCACGUGGCGCACCUGCUCGACUCGCGCCAGCCCUGCGCACGCCUGCCCGCCUACGUCACCUGCCUGCUGCAGAUGCUCAUGGUCAGUAGCACGGCGACCGCGAUCUGUGAGUGUAGGCUGCACGUGCUGCGGGCCGCGCACGUGGCGCACCUGCUCGACUCGCGCCAGCCCUGCGCACGCCUGCCCGCCUACGUCACCUGCCUGCUGCAGAUGCUCAUGGUCAGUAGCACGGCGACCGCGAUCUGUGAGUGUAGGCUGCACGUGCUGCGGGCCGCGCACGUGGCGCACCUGCUCGACUCGCGCCAGCCCUGCGCACGCCUGCCCGCCUACGUCACCUGCCUGCUGCAGAUGCUCAUGGUCAGUAGCACGGCGACCGCGAUCUGUGAGUGUAGGCUGCACGUGCUGCGGGCCGCGCACGUGGCGCACCUGCUCGACUCGCGCCAGCCCUGCGCACGCCUGCCCGCCUACGUCACCUGCCUGCUGCAGAUGCUCAUGGUCAGUAGCACGGCGACCGCGAUCUGUGAGUGUAGGCUGCACGUGCUGCGGGCCGCGCACGUGGCGCACCUGCUCGACUCGCGCCAGCCCUGCGCACGCCUGCCCGCCUACGUCACCUGCCUGCUGCAGAUGCUCAUGGUCAGUAGCACGGCGACCGCGAUCUGUGAGUGUAGGCUGCACGUGCUGCGGGCCGCGCACGUGGCGCACCUGCUCGACUCGCGCCAGCCCUGCGCACGCCUGCCCGCCUACGUCACCUGCCUGCUGCAGAUGCUCAUGGUCAGUAGCACGGCGACCGCGAUCUGUGAGUGUAGGCUGCACGUGCUGCGGGCCGCGCACGUGGCGCACCUGCUCGACUCGCGCCAGCCCUGCGCACGCCUGCCCGCCUACGUCACCUGCCUGCUGCAGAUGCUCAUGGUCAGUAGCACGGCGACCGCGAUCUGUGAGUGUAGGCUGCACGUGCUGCGGGCCGCGCACGUGGCGCACCUGCUCGACUCGCGCCAGCCCUGCGCACGCCUGCCCGCCUACGUCACCUGCCUGCUGCAGAUGCUCAUGGUCAGUAGCACGGCGACCGCGAUCUGUGAGUGUAGGCUGCACGUGCUGCGGGCCGCGCACGUGGCGCACCUGCUCGACUCGCGCCAGCACAGCGCACGCCUGCCCGCCUACGUCACCUGCCUGCUGCAGAUGCUCAUGGUCAGUAGCACGGCGACCGCGAUCUGUGAGUGUAGGCUGCACGUGCUGCGGGCCGCGCACGUGGCGCACCUGCUCGACUCGCGCCAGCCCUGCGCACGCCUGCCCGCCUACGUCACCUGCCUGCUGCAGAUGCUCAUGGUCAGUAGCACGGCGACCGCGAUCUGUGAGUGUAGGCUGCACGUGCUGCGGGCCGCGCACGUGGCGCACCUGCUCGACUCGCGCCAGCCCUGCGCACGCCUGCCCGCCUACGUCACCUGCCUGCUGCAGAUGCUCAUGGUCAGUAGCACGGCGACCGCGAUCUGUGAGUGUAGGCUGCACGUGCUGCGGGCCGCGCACGUGGCGCACCUGCUCGACUCGCGCCAGCCCUGCGCACGCCUGCCCGCCUACGUCACCUGCCUGCUGCAGAUGCUCAUGGUCAGUAGCACGGCGACCGCGAUCUGUGAGUGUAGGCUGCACGUGCUGCGGGCCGCGCACGUGGCGCACCUGCUCGACUCGCGCCAGCCCUGCGCACGCCUGCCCGCCUACGUCACCUGCCUGCUGCAGAUGCUCAUGGUCAGUAGCACGGCGACCGCGAUCUGUGAGUGUAGGCUGCACGUGCUGCGGGCCGCGCACGUGGCGCACCUGCUCGACUCGCGCCAGCCCUGCGCACGCCUGCCCGCCUACGUCACCUGCCUGCUGCAGAUGCUCAUGGUCAGUAGCACGGCGACCGCGAUCUGUGAGUGUAGGCUGCACGUGCUGCGGGCCGCGCACGUGGCGCACCUGCUCGACUCGCGCCAGCCCUGCGCACGCCUGCCCGCCUACGUCACCUGCCUGCUGCAGAUGCUCAUGGUCAGUAGCACGGCGACCGCGAUCUGUGAGUGUAGGCUGCACGUGCUGCGGGCCGCGCACGUGGCGCACCUGCUCGACUCGCGCCAGCCCUGCGCACGCCUGCCCGCCUACGUCACCUGCCUGCUGCAGAUGCUCAUGGUCAGUAGCACGGCGACCGCGAUCUGUGAGUGUAGGCUGCACGUGCUGCGGGCCGCGCACGUGGCGCACCUGCUCGACUCGCGCCAGCCCUGCGCACGCCUGCCCGCCUACGUCACCUGCCUGCUGCAGAUGCUCAUGGUCAGUAGCACGGCGACCGCGAUCUGUGAGUGUAGGCUGCACGUGCUGCGGGCCGCGCACGUGGCGCACCUGCUCGACUCGCGCCAGCCCUGCGCACGCCUGCCCGCCUACGUCACCUGCCUGCUGCAGAUGCUCAUGGUCAGUAGCACGGCGACCGCGAUCUGUGAGUGUAGGCUGCACGUGCUGCGGGCCGCGCACGUGGCGCACCUGCUCGACUCGCGCCAGCCCUGCGCACGCCUGCCCGCCUACGUCACCUGCCUGCUGCAGAUGCUCAUGGUCAGUAGCACGGCGACCGCGAUCUGUGAGUGUAGGCUGCACGUGCUGCGGGCCGCGCACGUGGCGCACCUGCUCGACUCGCGCCAGCCCUGCGCACGCCUGCCCGCCUACGUCACCUGCCUGCUGCAGAUGCUCAUGGUCAGUAGCACGGCGACCGCGAUCUGUGAGUGUAGGCUGCACGUGCUGCGGGCCGCGCACGUGGCGCACCUGCUCGACUCGCGCCAGCCCUGCGCACGCCUGCCCGCCUACGUCACCUGCCUGCUGCAGAUGCUCAUGGUCAGUAGCACGGCGACCGCGAUCUGUGAGUGUAGGCUGCACGUGCUGCGGGCCGCGCACGUGGCGCACCUGCUCGACUCGCGCCAGCCCUGCGCACGCCUGCCCGCCUACGUCACCUGCCUGCUGCAGAUGCUCAUGGUCAGUAGCACGGCGACCGCGAUCUGUGAGUGUAGGCUGCACGUGCUGCGGGCCGCGCACGUGGCGCACCUGCUCGACUCGCGCCAGCCCUGCGCACGCCUGCCCGCCUACGUCACCUGCCUGCUGCAGAUGCUCAUGGUCAGUAGCACGGCGACCGCGAUCUGUGAGUGUAGGCUGCACGUGCUGCGGGCCGCGCACGUGGCGCACCUGCUCGACUCGCGCCAGCCCUGCGCACGCCUGCCCGCCUACGUCACCUGCCUGCUGCAGAUGCUCAUGGUCAGUAGCACGGCGACCGCGAUCUGUGAGUGUAGGCUGCACGUGCUGCGGGCCGCGCACGUGGCGCACCUGCUCGACUCGCGCCAGCCCUGCGCACGCCUGCCCGCCUACGUCACCUGCCUGCUGCAGAUGCUCAUGGUCAGUAGCACGGCGACCGCGAUCUGUGAGUGUAGGCUGCACGUGCUGCGGGCCGCGCACGUGGCGCACCUGCUCGACUCGCGCCAGCCCUGCGCACGCCUGCCCGCCUACGUCACCUGCCUGCUGCAGAUGCUCAUGGUCAGUAGCACGGCGACCGCGAUCUGUGAGUGUAGGCUGCACGUGCUGCGGGCCGCGCACGUGGCGCACCUGCUCGACUCGCGCCAGCCCUGCGCACGCCUGCCCGCCUACGUCACCUGCCUGCUGCAGAUGCUCAUGGUCAGUAGCACGGCGACCGCGAUCUGUGAGUGUAGGCUGCACGUGCUGCGGGCCGCGCACGUGGCGCACCUGCUCGACUCGCGCCAGCCCUGCGCACGCCUGCCCGCCUACGUCACCUGCCUGCUGCAGAUGCUCAUGGUCAGUAGCACGGCGACCGCGAUCUGUGAGUGUAGGCUGCACGUGCUGCGGGCCGCGCACGUGGCGCACCUGCUCGACUCGCGCCAGCCCUGCGCACGCCUGCCCGCCUACGUCACCUGCCUGCUGCAGAUGCUCAUGGUCAGUAGCACGGCGACCGCGAUCUGUGAGUGUAGGCUGCACGUGCUGCGGGCCGCGCACGUGGCGCACCUGCUCGACUCGCGCCAGCCCUGCGCACGCCUGCCCGCCUACGUCACCUGCCUGCUGCAGAUGCUCAUGGUCAGUAGCACGGCGACCGCGAUCUGUGAGUGUAGGCUGCACGUGCUGCGGGCCGCGCACGUGGCGCACCUGCUCGACUCGCGCCAGCCCUGCGCACGCCUGCCCGCCUACGUCACCUGCCUGCUGCAGAUGCUCAUGGUCAGUAGCACGGCGACCGCGAUCUGUGAGUGUAGGCUGCACGUGCUGCGGGCCGCGCACGUGGCGCACCUGCUCGACUCGCGCCAGCCCUGCGCACGCCUGCCCGCCUACGUCACCUGCCUGCUGCAGAUGCUCAUGGUCAGUAGCACGGCGACCGCGAUCUGUGAGUGUAGGCUGCACGUGCUGCGGGCCGCGCACGUGGCGCACCUGCUCGACUCGCGCCAGCCCUGCGCACGCCUGCCCGCCUACGUCACCUGCCUGCUGCAGAUGCUCAUGGUCAGUAGCACGGCGACCGCGAUCUGUGAGUGUAGGCUGCACGUGCUGCGGGCCGCGCACGUGGCGCACCUGCUCGACUCGCGCCAGCCCUGCGCACGCCUGCCCGCCUACGUCACCUGCCUGCUGCAGAUGCUCAUGGUCAGUAGCACGGCGACCGCGAUCUGUGAGUGUAGGCUGCACGUGCUGCGGGCCGCGCACGUGGCGCACCUGCUCGACUCGCGCCAGCCCUGCGCACGCCUGCCCGCCUACGUCACCUGCCUGCUGCAGAUGCUCAUGGUCAGUAGCACGGCGACCGCGAUCUGUGAGUGUAGGCUGCACGUGCUGCGGGCCGCGCACGUGGCGCACCUGCUCGACUCGCGCCAGCCCUGCGCACGCCUGCCCGCCUACGUCACCUGCCUGCUGCAGAUGCUCAUGGUCAGUAGCACGGCGACCGCGAUCUGUGAGUGUAGGCUGCACGUGCUGCGGGCCGCGCACGUGGCGCACCUGCUCGACUCGCGCCAGCCCUGCGCACGCCUGCCCGCCUACGUCACCUGCCUGCUGCAGAUGCUCAUGGUCAGUAGCACGGCGACCGCGAUCUGUGAGUGUAGGCUGCACGUGCUGCGGGCCGCGCACGUGGCGCACCUGCUCGACUCGCGCCAGCCCUGCGCACGCCUGCCCGCCUACGUCACCUGCCUGCUGCAGAUGCUCAUGGUCAGUAGCACGGCGACCGCGAUCUGUGAGUGUAGGCUGCACGUGCUGCGGGCCGCGCACGUGGCGCACCUGCUCGACUCGCGCCAGCCCUGCGCACGCCUGCCCGCCUACGUCACCUGCCUGCUGCAGAUGCUCAUGGUCAGUAGCACGGCGACCGCGAUCUGUGAGUGUAGGCUGCACGUGCUGCGGGCCGCGCACGUGGCGCACCUGCUCGACUCGCGCCAGCCCUGCGCACGCCUGCCCGCCUACGUCACCUGCCUGCUGCAGAUGCUCAUGGUCAGUAGCACGGCGACCGCGAUCUGUGAGUGUAGGCUGCACGUGCUGCGGGCCGCGCACGUGGCGCACCUGCUCGACUCGCGCCAGCCCUGCGCACGCCUGCCCGCCUACGUCACCUGCCUGCUGCAGAUGCUCAUGGUCAGUAGCACGGCGACCGCGAUCUGUGAGUGUAGGCUGCACGUGCUGCGGGCCGCGCACGUGGCGCACCUGCUCGACUCGCGCCAGCCCUGCGCACGCCUGCCCGCCUACGUCACCUGCCUGCUGCAGAUGCUCAUGGUCAGUAGCACGGCGACCGCGAUCUGUGAGUGUAGGCUGCACGUGCUGCGGGCCGCGCACGUGGCGCACCUGCUCGACUCGCGCCAGCCCUGCGCACGCCUGCCCGCCUACGUCACCUGCCUGCUGCAGAUGCUCAUGGUCAGUAGCACGGCGACCGCGAUCUGUGAGUGUAGGCUGCACGUGCUGCGGGCCGCGCACGUGGCGCACCUGCUCGACUCGCGCCAGCCCUGCGCACGCCUGCCCGCCUACGUCACCUGCCUGCUGCAGAUGCUCAUGGUCAGUAGCACGGCGACCGCGAUCUGUGAGUGUAGGCUGCACGUGCUGCGGGCCGCGCACGUGGCGCACCUGCUCGACUCGCGCCAGCCCUGCGCACGCCUGCCCGCCUACGUCACCUGCCUGCUGCAGAUGCUCAUGGUCAGUAGCACGGCGACCGCGAUCUGUGAGUGUAGGCUGCACGUGCUGCGGGCCGCGCACGUGGCGCACCUGCUCGACUCGCGCCAGCCCUGCGCACGCCUGCCCGCCUACGUCACCUGCCUGCUGCAGAUGCUCAUGGUCAGUAGCACGGCGACCGCGAUCUGUGAGUGUAGGCUGCACGUGCUGCGGGCCGCGCACGUGGCGCACCUGCUCGACUCGCGCCAGCCCUGCGCACGCCUGCCCGCCUACGUCACCUGCCUGCUGCAGAUGCUCAUGGUCAGUAGCACGGCGACCGCGAUCUGUGAGUGUAGGCUGCACGUGCUGCGGGCCGCGCACGUGGCGCACCUGCUCGACUCGCGCCAGCCCUGCGCACGCCUGCCCGCCUACGUCACCUGCCUGCUGCAGAUGCUCAUGGUCAGUAGCACGGCGACCGCGAUCUGUGAGUGUAGGCUGCACGUGCUGCGGGCCGCGCACGUGGCGCACCUGCUCGACUCGCGCCAGCCCUGCGCACGCCUGCCCGCCUACGUCACCUGCCUGCUGCAGAUGCUCAUGGUCAGUAGCACGGCGACCGCGAUCUGUGAGUGUAGGCUGCACGUGCUGCGGGCCGCGCACGUGGCGCACCUGCUCGACUCGCGCCAGCCCUGCGCACGCCUGCCCGCCUACGUCACCUGCCUGCUGCAGAUGCUCAUGGUCAGUAGCACGGCGACCGCGAUCUGUGAGUGUAGGCUGCACGUGCUGCGGGCCGCGCACGUGGCGCACCUGCUCGACUCGCGCCAGCCCUGCGCACGCCUGCCCGCCUACGUCACCUGCCUGCUGCAGAUGCUCAUGGUCAGUAGCACGGCGACCGCGAUCUGUGAGUGUAGGCUGCACGUGCUGCGGGCCGCGCACGUGGCGCACCUGCUCGACUCGCGCCAGCCCUGCGCACGCCUGCCAGCCUACGUCACCUGCCUGCUGCAGAUGCUCAUGGUCAGUAGCACGGCGACCGCGAUCUGUGAGUGUAGGCUGCACGUGCUGCGGGCCGCGCACGUGGCGCACCUGCUCGACUCGCGCCAGCCCUGCGCACGCCUGCCCGCCUACGUCACCUGCCUGCUGCAGAUGCUCAUGGUCAGUAGCACGGCGACCGCGAUCUGUGAGUGUAGGCUGCACGUGCUGCGGGCCGCGCACGUGGCGCACCUGCUCGACUCGCGCCAGCCCUGCGCACGCCUGCCCGCCUACGUCACCUGCCUGCUUCAGAUGCUCAUGGUCAGUAGCACGGCGACCGCGAUCUGUGAGUGUAGGCUGCACGUGCUGUGGGCCGCGCACGUGGCGCACCUGCUCGACUCGCGCCAGCCCUGCGCACGCCUGCCCGCCUACGUCACCUGCCUGCUGCAGAUGCUCAUGGUCAGUAGCACGGCGACCGCGAUCUGUGAGUGUAGGCUGCACGUGCUGCGGGCCGCGCACGUGGCGCACCUGCUCGACUCGCGCCAGCCCUGCGCACGCCUGCCCGCCUACGUCACCUGCCUGCUGCAGAUGCUCAUGGUCAGUAGCACGGCGACCGCGAUCUGUGAGUGUAGGCUGCACGUGCUGCGGGCCGCGCACGUGGCGCACCUGCUCGACUCGCGCCAGCCCUGCGCACGCCUGCCCGCCUACGUCACCUGCCUGCUGCAGAUGCUCAUGGUCAGUAGCACGGCGACCGCGAUCUGUGAGUGUAGGCUGCACGUGCUGCGGGCCGCGCACGUGGCGCACCUGCUCGACUCGCGCCAGCCCUGCGCACGCCUGCCCGCCUACGUCACCUGCCUGCUGCAGAUGCUCAUGGUCAGUAGCACGGCGACCGCGAUCUGUGAGUGUAGGCUGCACGUGCUGCGGGCCGCGCACGUGGCGCACCUGCUCGACUCGCGCCAGCCCUGCGCACGCCUGCCCGCCUACGUCACCUGCCUGCUGCAGAUGCUCAUGGUCAGUAGCACGGCGACCGCGAUCUGUGAGUGUAGGCUGCACGUGCUGCGGGCCGCGCACGUGGCGCACCUGCUCGACUCGCGCCAGCCCUGCGCACGCCUGCCCGCCUACGUCACCUGCCUGCUGCAGAUGCUCAUGGUCAGUAGCACGGCGACCGCGAUCUGUGAGUGUAGGCUGCACGUGCUGCGGGCCGCGCACGUGGCGCACCUGCUCGACUCGCGCCAGCCCUGCGCACGCCUGCCCGCCUACGUCACCUGCCUGCUGCAGAUGCUCAUGGUCAGUAGCACGGCGACCGCGAUCUGUGAGUGUAGGCUGCACGUGCUGCGGGCCGCGCACGUGGCGCACCUGCUCGACUCGCGCCAGCCCUGCGCACGUUUGCUCGCCUACAUCACCUGCCUACUGCAAAUGCUCAUGAUGAAAAAUAAAACUAUAGCCAAAGUUGUGAGCGACGCUAUACUGGUGUUAGCCGACUACACGGAUCGCAUCGUGGAACUAUAUCCUGGACUAGCCGAGAAAAUAAUAAAAUGGAUAUGCGCUUGCCUCGCCCAAAUAUCGAACAGUAGCUCCCGAGAUUCUGUGAAACCUCUUGCGGGUUCGCUAUUACUGUGCUUGGCCGAAUUCGCCGUCCGUUGUGGGCCUGCCUACCUUAUGAAAGAAAAUGAUGGAGAACAGACAUUAUUGUUGACGAUUUUUAAGGUUCUGUACGCUGUGAUGAAAGGAACUAACGGAUCUGACAUCGAAGGCCUGUCACUGCCUGUUGACGAAGACUUUGACCCCAAUAUUCAACUGGACAACCUUGGACCUAAAACAUCUCUAGCCUCGACCAUUGAUGUUAAACUCUGGGCUCAAACAAUAUGCACGCAGCUGGUGCUGUUCCUGGGCCACUGGCCGCUGUGGAGCGGCUGCCAGCUGUCGUCGAGCGUGUGCGAGCAGCACGACAGCAGCCCGCCGCUGGGCGCCGAGCUGGGCCCGGCCGUGCUGGCCGCGCGCAACCUGCAGCUCAUGCGCUUCAGCGACUCCACGCUCGCCUCACUCAUCGAGCUGCCCGCGCUCGACAUGCCCUCCGGUGGCACCACGCCAGGUCUAAUGACAUCUGAUCGACAAGUACGCAUCCUUCUCCGAGAUAUAGCAGGCAAAGCUUGCUGGGAUGCUUCCGCAUUGUACUAUGACCCUUUUGGUUCUUCGUCGGAGGAUCCUCAACCGCUUGUAGUACCGGAUAUUGUUGACAGCCCAAGAGACAACACUUUAUCAUCUCUACCACCGCCCUUACCACCGGACCUACUGCCUGAUUACAAAAAUUCACCACCGGACAAACAUCAAUUGGAUCAUGUGCUGGCGUACAUCGGGCACACGUCGCCGGAGGUGGCGUGCGGGCGGCGGCUGGACAGCGCGGGCGCGUCGCCGCUGCCCGCCGGCGCCGAGGACGAGCUGGUGGCCGCGCUCGUGCAGCACCGCAACGCCGAGCGCCUCUACCUCGCGCACCAGGAACCCGAUGAGGAAUUGGAGCCAGAGGAGAUGUGCACGCCAGGUUGCUCAACAGCUGCGGGUCCGUUUGAUCUGUGCCGCCAGUUCCUGGCGCAAAGUGGCGCCCUGGCGCCGUCGCGACGCGCUCACGUGCAGCUGUUGAAGCGUUCUGACCGCUUGCUACGUGAACUACGUAAUCUUGACGCGCUUAGGUGUCGUGAAACGCAUAAGGUUGCUGUGAUAUACGUCGGCAAAGGUCAGGAGACGCGGAAUGAAAUCUUGUCGAAUCGCUGCGGAAGUCCAGCUUAUGAAGCAUUCCUUGCUGCUCUCGCUUGGGAGGUGGAGCUGGAGUCGCACGUGGGGUUCGCGGGCGGGCUGCGGGGCGGCGGCGGCGGCGGCGUGUCGGCGCCCUACGUGGCCACGCUCACGCUCGAGGCGCUGUUCCACGUCGCCACGCGCAUGCCCGCCGACACGCCCGACGCCAUACUCAACAAGACGAGGCACUUGGGCAACGACGAAGUGCACGUGGUGUGGAGCGAGCACUGGCGGCCGUACAAGCGCGACACGCUGCCCACGCAGUUCUGCGACGUGCUCAUCGUGCUCUACCCGCUGCCCGGCGGCCUGCUGCGCUGCACCGUCUCCAGGAAGCCAGAUGUGGCGGUGUUCGGUCCGUUGUGGGAAGAGUGCGUGGUGCGCGUGCGGGCGGGCGCGGCGCUGGUGCGCGGCGCGGCGUUCGCGGGCGGGCGGGCGGUGCGCGCCACCAUGCCGCUGUACCAGCACGCCUGCAGCGAGCGCGCGCGCGGCCUCGACGCGCUCGCUGCGCACCACACGCUCCCCGCCACCUUUGAGCACUUCGUGCAGCGCGUGCGCGACCCCGUGCCUCACGACCAGCCGCCCGCCUCAGAUCAAGGAAGCGGUCGUCUGGCCGCCGCUCUGCUUGACCACGGGGCGAAUUCAUGGACAACAGGCACCCAACACACAGUAUCCCCACGGCCAGCCAAGCGGCUCGGACCAUUCAAACGUCCUCAGCCAUUGCAAAACGCGCCGCACACUGCACCACCAGACGCACCGGUACGACGUGUGCGUUAA